AUGAGUGUGAUUCAAGUUUCAGAAGCCAUGGAUCCUUCAUCCGAGCUCCAGAUAUGGAACAACGCCGCCUUUGACAACAGCGGCGGAAUCUCCGAGGAUCUGAGUGCGAGCAGGCAGUCUUGGGGCUCGUUGAAGUCGAUUUUCGGUAACCCUAAGGCUUCUUUCGAUUCCGUUUCCGAUAAAGAGAAUCUGUGUGUCGGGCCGGAAAAUGAUCGGAUUCCUUCUCUGUUAACAUCUUCCCUGAAAUCCUCAAGCACCCCCUUUAAGCCCGUCAACUCAGACAACCGGGCCGUGGAAGAAAAAAAAUCAAGAACCGGGGGUUUUCUGAAAGAGGGCCCGGGCGAAAAGAUUGUUGAUUUGGAUGGAAUUAGGGAUGAGAAGAAGAUAGAUGAUGAAAUUGGGGAAAUCGAGUCCCAAAUAUCGAAACUUAAGUCCAAGUUGGAGGCCCUGAGGCUCGAAAAGGCUGAGGCGAACCAGAAAGCUGUCGAGAAUAGAAUCCGAGCCGUGCCUGCAAAGUUUAUGAACCUGAAAAAGGCUGAGGGGACUACUGAUAAGAGAAGGGGGAUCAGUCUAGGGCCUGUGGAAAUCAUAUCGGGGGCCCGUAGGGGGGCCAGCGUUGGGCCUGCAGAGAUUUUCCGGGCCGCGAGGUCGAGGCAGAUGCUGGGGAGGCCCGAAAUGGCCACUCCAGUUCAGAGCCGGAGAAAAUCGUGCUACUGGAAGUUGGAGGGCAUAGAUGAAGAGAAAGAGAAGGCGGGCAUGGGCAAGGCGUUCUCGAGUGUGAGCCCAAAUUCGAGAAAAGUCGGGCUGAAAUCUGAAAUCAAGAACUCGAGGCGGGCCGAGACAACAAUUUCGUCGAGAAAGGCUUUGAAGAAGGAUGACUCGGUUCUGAACUCAGUCCAGCCUAAGAAACUGUUUAGGGAAGGCGGGGAAAAGGUGGAUCCCACAGCUGGCAAGAAGCUGUCGAGGCCUGGGAGGAUUGUGGCUAGUCGGUACAACAAUCUAAACUCCGGUCAGACAGCCUCAGUGAGAAAGAAGUCCUUGCCGGAAAAUGAUGACAGUUUUAGCCAGAAAUUCGAUAGUAAACAGGCUGUGUCAGUGGGGAAAGCCCGGGUGAAUGUGGAUGGGGGAAAGACAUCAGGGCCCGAAAGCAGCAGCCGGGUGAAAAAGCGUUGGGAAAUCCCGAGUGAGAUUGUUGUUCACAGUAGUGUGGAGACUGAGAAGAAGAAGUCUCCUCCACAGUCUAUUGUUUUGCUGCCUAAGAUCAAGAUUGCUCGGUGCAUGAAGGAAAGCCCGAGGGACUCGGGCCCGGCUAAAAAGGUUGUCGAGCUGAUUGGGAGGAAAUCGUUUUUCUCGAAUGACUAUGAGGAGGAGGUGGACCCGCCCGUUUGUCAGACCUUGACCUACGAUGAGGAAGAAGAAGUUGAGGAAUUUUCAUACCCAGGAUUCUGA